UUUUUAACAAUAGACUAUGAGAAUUCUAUCCAAGAACAUAAAGUAGCCGAAAAUAUUUUUGAAAAUGGAAGAGGAAUGGGUUGUAUCGAUCGCUUUAAUGAUGGGGUAUGGAAAUGUUCAUGCACUUAGCUCGUGUAGUCUGUUUUAUUAUUUUUGUGUCUUUGUCAGUCACCUUUUCUCUGUCUGUUCAAUAUAUAAACACACACACUCACACUUUUCUUCAACCUCCAUUGUCCCCUCAUAAACCUCCAUAACUUCUCUUCAACUUUCACUUUCCAAUGGAGAGUCCAUACAUAUUGCUCAUCUCUCUCCUCCUAAUCAGCUUCCUCUUUGCUCCGAGUCUGGCCUUGGCGUACAAUAUUCGUGCGAUUUUCACAUUUGGAGACUCAAUUUUUGAUGCGGGUAACAAUCAUUUCAACAAAAACUGCACUGCACAAGCAGAUUUUCCGCCCUAUGGAUCGAGUUUUUUUCGCCAUCCCACUGGUAGAUUCACCAAUGGCAGAACAGUUGUGGACUUCAUUUCUCAAUUUGUUGGAAUAGAAUUACAAAAGCCAUAUCUUGAGUUACAAAGUGAAGUGGUGAAUGGAAGUAUGAAGGAAUAUCCAUCCAAUGGCAUCAACUUUGCAAGUGCUGGGAACGGUGUCCUUCGUGGAACAAACCAUUAUUUGAUCAGAGAAAACCUGGAAGUACCUAUCUCACUGUCAUAA